UGCGGCGGCAGCCCGGGGCCGAACGAGCAUGCGGGGGGACCGGGCAGCUGGGCUGCGGGCGCUGUUGGCGCCACCGCCGCCGUGGCUGCUGCUGCUGGUGCUGUCCCAGGCCGCGGCGCUGCAGCCAAGCGAGCUCUUCCCCUAUGGGCAGUUCCAGGGGGACCAGCUCCUGAAGGAAGGCGACGACGAAAGUUCAGCCGCGGUGAAGCUGGCCAGUCCCCUGCGCUUCUACGACGCCCAGUUCAGCUACCUCUACGUGGGCACCAACGGCAUCAUCUCCACCCAGGACUUCCCCAGAGAGACCCAGUAUGUGGACGAUGGUUUCCCCACGGACUUCCCGGCCAUCGCUCCCUUUCUGGCCGACAUCGACACGAGCCAGGGCAGGGGCAGGAUCCUGUACCGUGAGGACAAGGGUCCGAAAGUGCUGGGCCUGGCCGCCCGCUACGUGCGCGCAGGCUUCCCGCGCGCUGCAGCCUCUGACUUCACCCCCACCCACGCCUUCUUGGCCACCUGGGAGAAGGUGGGCGCCUACGAGGAGGUCAGGCUCGGGACGCCACCCUCGGGAGAGUUGAAUACUUUCCAGGCAGUCUUGGCAUCUGAUGAGUCUGAUACCUACGCCCUCUUUCUUUAUCCUGCCAACGGCCUUCAGUUCUUUGGAACUCGCCCCAAAGAGGCCUAUAAUGUCCAGCUCAAGCUUCCAGCCCGGGUGGGCUUCUGCCAAGGAGACACCGAUGACCCAAAGAAAGAAGGAGCAUAUUUCAGCUUGACUAGCACUGAACAGUCUGUGAAAAAUCUCUACCAACACAGCAACCUGGGGAUUCCUGGAGUGUGGGCUUUUCAUAUCGGCAGCACAUCCCCGUUGGACAAUGUCAGACCAGCAACAGUCAGAGGAGUCCUUUCCAAUGCCCGCUCUUUAGCGUCCCUGGAACAUCCCUUCAGCCAUGCUUCAGCCCUGGAAGGCAAGUACAGUGAGGACAAUUUGGAUGAUUAUGGUGAGAAUGAGGAGGAAGUCGAAUACCUCCUGAGUGAACCAGAGGAGGUGUUGAAAGGCCACAGCAGUAUCAGUUCUUUCCACUCAAAAGCUGAUUCAAGGCCUGUAGGAUCAUCUGCCACCUUGGAUCCUCAAACCGAAGAGGGGAGGCACAUGAAGGAGAUAGAGGCCCCACAUGCAAGAGGCCCAGUUGAGUUUUCUAACUAGCCAGGGACCAAGGACCUGGCUCCAUCAGAGAUAGAAGGAAAUGCAUUGAAUCCUUCCCAGGGAGCCCCACCUCCCUGCCUUGAAAAGAGAAGUAUCUGGCCUGACCCAGACGAGGGGCCAGAUACUUCAAAAAGGGAUGUUCCUCCAGCUCAUCCUGAAUGGGAGGUAGUUCUGCCCAAUUGCGCUGUUCCAGGUCACACAACACCAUGGGAUCAUGGGCGGCACAAGGAAGGGGUGGCAGAUGACAACAGUUCCAACACAGGGGUAUUCACGCUCCAUUCUUCCAACAAGGAGACCUGUGAGCACAACCACAGACAGUGCUCCCGACACGCCUUCUGCACCGACUACGCCACGGGCUUCUGCUGCCACUGCCAGUCCAGCUUUUUCGGAAAUGGGAAGCACUGUCUGCCGGCAGGGGCACCUCUUCGAGUCAAUGGGAAAGUGAGCGGCCACUUCCAUGUGGGCCAUAUGCCUGUGACCUUCACUGACGUGGACCUGCAUGCUUACAUUGUGAACAAUGACGGCAGAGCCUACACAGCCAUCAGCCAUGUCCCACAGCCCGCGGCCCAGGCCCUUCUCCCCCUCACACCAAUUGGAGGCCUAUUUGGCUGGCUCUUUGCUUUAGAGAAGCCAGGCUGGAAGAAUGGCUUCAGCUUCACAGGUGCUACAUUUAUCCAUGAAAUGGAAGUUACUUUCUACCCAGGCAAGGAGAGGGUUCAAAUCACUCAAACUGCUGAGGGGCUUGACUCAGAGAACUAUAUGAACAUUAAGACCAACAUUCAAGGCCAGGUGCCUUAUAUCCCAGCCAAUUUCACAGCCCACGUGACCCCCUACAAGGAGCUCUAUCACUACUCGAACUCAGCCGUGACCUCCACAAGUUCCAGAGACUACUCUCUUACCUUUGGUACCGUCAGCCAAAUGCUGUCCUACCACAUCCACCAGAACAUCACCUACCAGGCGUGCAGGCACGCCCCCGCACCCCUGGGUGUCCCUAUCACCCAGCAGCUGAGUGUGGACCGGGUCUUCGCCUUAUACGAUGAUGAAGAAAGAGUGCUUAGGUUUGCUGUAGCCAAUCAAAUUGGCCCUGUUGAAGACCCGGCCCCCGCACCAGUGAAUCCGUGCUACGAUGGGACCCACAUGUGUGAUACGACAGCUCAGUGUCAUCCAGGGACAGGUGUAGAUUACACCUGCAAGUGUGCAUCCGGGUACCAGGGAGAUGGACGGAGCUGUGUGGAUGUUGAUGAAUGCUCGGAAAACAGAUGUCACCCUUCGGCUACCUGCUACAAUACCCCUGGCUCCUUCUCCUGCCGCUGCCAACCUGGCUAUCAUGGGGAUGGACAUCAGUGCACACCUGACACCACAGCAGGGCUGAAAGCCUGUGAACGUCAGCAGCGCGAUGCCCAGGCUCAGCGUGCCUACCCUGGCGCCAGGGUCCACGUCCCCCAGUGCGAUGAGCAGGGCCGCUUCCUGCCGCUGCAGUGUCAUGGCGGCACCGGCUUCUGCUGGUGUGUGAACCCUGACGGUCACGAAGUCCCUGGUACCCGGACACCGCCCGGCUCCAAUCCACCUCACUGCGAACCGCCAGCGCCCACCCAGAGGGCCCCGACCGUCUGUGAGCGCUGGAGGGAAAGCCUGCUGGAGCACUACGGUGGCACGCCCAGGGACGACCAGUACGUGCCCCAGUGCGACGACCUGGGCCAGUUCAUCCCCAUGCAGUGCCAUGGGAAGAGUGACUUCUGCUGGUGUGUGGACAAAGACGGCAGAGAGGUGGAGGGCACCCGCUCCCAGGCAGGCGUCACCCCUGCAUGUAUACCGACGGUGGCGCCACCCUCCGUCCGGCCCGCACCCCGGCCUGAUGUAACCCCUCCGUCCGUGGGCACCUUCCUGCUCUUUGCCCAGGGCCAGCAGAUUGGCUCCUUGCCCCUCAACGGUACCAGGCUUCAGAAGGACAUGGCCAAGACCCUGCUGUCACUGCAUGGCUCCAUAGUUGUGGGAAUUGACUACGACUGCCGGGAGAGGAAGGUGUAUUGGACAGAUGUCGCUGGACGGACGAUUAGCCGUGCCAGUCUGGAACCGGGAGCAGAGCCCGAGACAAUCAUUAACUCAGGUCUGAUAAGCCCUGAAGGACUUGCCAUUGACCACUUCCGUAGAAUGAUGUACUGGACGGACAGUGGCCUGGACAAGAUAGAGAGGGCCAAGCUGGACGGUUCCGAGCGCAAGGCACUCUUCCACACAGACCUGGUGAACCCCCGAGCCAUCGCUGUGGAUCCGAUCCAAGGCAACUUGUACUGGACAGACUGGAAUCGAGAAGCUCCUAAAAUUGAAAUGUCAUCUUUAGAUGGAGAAAACAGAAGAAUUCUGGUGAAUCAAGACAUUGGGCUCCCCAAUGGUUUAACCUUUGACCCCUUGUCCAAAUUGCUGUGCUGGGCAGAUGCAGGAACGAAGAAACUGGAGUGUACACUACCUGAUGGAACUGGACGGCAUGUCAUUCAAAACAACCUCAACUACCCCUUCAGCAUUGUGAGCUAUGCAGACCAUUUCUACCACACGGACUGGAGAAGGGAUGGUGUUAUAUCAGUCAAUAGAGACAGUGGCCAGUUUACUGAUGAGUAUCUCCCAGAGCAGCGAUCUCAUCUCUACGGGAUAACUGCGAUCUACCCCUACUGCCCAGCAGGAAGAAAGUAAAUAUAGCAUCGUAAAGGACUUUUGUUUACAAUCAGAAUCUGGACCCUAAAGAACAUUUACUGCAAAGGUGAAGAAAGUAAAAAAGGAAUUGGCCAUUAGAAGUUCCUGGACAU